CCCCACAGAUCCUACUGUCUGUUUUGUGUGUUGUAGUCAGUGCCUGUGUAGACUCCAUGCCUACCCACCCCACAGAUCCUACUGUCUGUUUUGUGUGUUGUAGUCGGUGCCUGUGUAGACUCCAUGCCUACCCACCCCACAGAUCCUACUGUCUGUUUUGCCUUUGUGAACAACACCUUAUCCUAUGAUGGAGGAGCCGCUGAUUGCUUACUACAGGGGACCUAUUCUAAGUCCAAGGGUGAGCUACUCAGUAUGGAAAACCCCUAUGUGGAGGAGGCUGCUUACCACAAACUCUUCAGGAGUAUAUUGAGACCCAGCACAAAUAAUGAAACUGAGGCUGUGGCAGUGUCAUGGAUAGGCCUAAAUCAGUUAGGUGAUAGAGUCAACUUCCGAUGGGAGAGUGGCCUGGAGGUCACCUGGGCUUUGUUGGAUGGUGCAAAUGAGCACAACUUUUGGCAGUUUGGUGUCAUCGCUAACAUUACACGUGACGGACUGUGGGAGGAGUCUCACACUUUUCUGAAUAAGUAUCCUUAUGCCUGUCAAAUUAUAGAUGGCAGUCACAAGGUCUUUGGGGACAGAAUACAGCAACGCUACACAUCAGGUGGAACAAUUCGGAUUAUACGAGAGGGGGAAUUCAGGAGUGGGGGAGAGUUUGAUUAUGGUUGCUUCCUCAACAGAGCCAGGUGCUCCAAGGGUUUCACUAUUAUGAUGUGGUUGAAGGUCAUUAACUUGGUGUCCAACCAUCACAUCCUGAGUACAGGGGACUGUAUGACGGAUCUGAUUGCCAGCUCCGGAUUCUGUCUUUCCUACCUUGCAGUCAAUCAGUCUAUAGUUGCAAUUGACAUUCAGAAUAAGACUUGUAAGAGGCUGGAAGUGUUGCUGCCUACUGAAGUAGACAUGACCCACCUGGUGCUUUACUUCUCUAAUGAGACAGAUAUGUACCUGUAUAUGGAUGGAGAGUAUAAAGGACAGCUCAGCGAUCAUCCUGACAUGCAGUUUUUAGGGCAUAUUGGAACAGAACAGUUACAUGUCAAUUAUAAUGAUAUAACCAAUAUUCAGCUGGAAAAUGUAACCUUCAUUGCUGGCCCUCCAGAUCAGGUUUUGGUGGAGCUGUCUAGAGACAUGAACGGCAGUUUCCCCUCCAAUCAGAGUUCUUUGAGACAGCAGGAAUGGAAAGACUACAGCCGGUGGGGCCUGGAGCUGUCCCCUUGGGGGUCACCUGGUGUGGAUGGUGAUGGGCUGUCUCUGUCUCACAGGGCCUUUACCUAUGAACUUGGACAGACAACCAAGGACUGGCUUGCAGAUCCCACAGAAGCCUUUACAUUGGCUAUUUGGAUAAAGGUCCUGCCAGAACUGAAAGAAGAUAUUGAUAUUAUGACUUUUGGUGGUGGCUAUGAGACAUUAUUCUCCAUGUCAUACAAUGCCACUCUAGAUCAGGUUAAAUUCUUUGUGGCCACCACAGCCACAUCAUAUUCCAGCACCUACUCCUUAGCUUUAGGUGAAUGGCAGCAUCUUUCCAUCACAUUCGGAAUGGGCUACUUCAGUGUGUAUUUAAAUGGCGACCUUGUUGGAUCUCUUGGAAAAUGGUCUGCUCUAAGGGACGAAGGUGGUAACUACACUGUCAAAGUGUAUGCAGGUUCAGCCAUGUGUCCUCUUGGCUGGACGAAGAAUGAACUCUCCUGCUACAUGAAGGGUCAGGCCUCUAGCAACGAAUACUGGCCACAGGAGCAUUACUGUCAGGAUCUAGGUGGCCAUCUGGUCACAGUUGACACUGGACAAGAAUUGGCAUUUUUGGAAACAUAUCUUUAUGGCAGUGAUACGCUUUACACUGGUGUUUUCGACCAAGUACAGUUUCCAAGCACUUUAAGAGCCUGGUUUGACACUAGUGGUUAUCACCAUGAUGACAAGUUUUUCGCUGACCCUAAACCUCAUACACUGGAUGAAAAUUUUGUGAGUAUGUAUUUCAACCCUUCCUACAACAUGUCUGUACCGCUGGUAUCCGGGAAUGGUGUACAGAACCUCUCCGCAAAUGGAAACACAACCAAUGCAACAGAAGUGGACACUAGCUUCUCAGGAAUCACUGCAUGUGAAAUAAAUCUUAGCGGGAAACCAUCAAGGCGACAGAUGUCUAUGAAAUGUAUGGACGGGUGGUACUAUCUGUAUGACAAGUGCUACAAAGUCACAGAUCUGGCUAUGAAUGCCAUAGAAGCUGUAUUGGAGUGCAACAAGGAUAGAGCCAUUCUCCCACAGAUCACAACAAGUGCUAAACAGUUAUAUCUGUCAAACUGGAUCAGAAGUAUAACUACUGCCACAACAUUGCACCUUGGUCUCCAGCUGAGGCAGCCCCUGGUGGGCAAUGCCAGUUACCUGUGGAAUGACAUGCGACCUUUACCCUUCAGCUACUGGGCUACUGUUCCUGGAACGGAUACUGGAAUGCAGUGUGUUGUGAUGAAGUGUACUACCUCUACAGUCUCGUGUCUUUGGGAAGCUAUCACCUGUGAUAGUCUGUACCCUACUCUUUGUGAGAAACCAGCAGACACAGUUUGUGGUCCAGGAUGGAGGCUGUACAAAGACAAGUGUGUGAGUAGAGUCAAUGCUGCCAGUGCUGUAGAGGGCUGGGCCACAUGUCAGGCCUCAGGUACUGUUCCUCUGUCUCUCCUCACCAAGGCUGACACAGACGAGUACAUCUAUACCUUUGGAUUAGGUUCGUCCACAUGUUUGAUGGCUGGAGUACUGGAUGUUAAUGGGAACUACAUUGAGAACUCGCCCAGCAUGCUGACAUCUAGUCAUGUAUGUGUUGGACUGGAUGCUACUGGUCCCAUCCAGCGCUCGUGUGGAGACUUUGAUUGUGUCAUCUGUGAACACUAUGUUGAUGGAGGUAUAUCAAUUGAUAACAUCCACAUCAAAGCUGAACUACUGGAUGACACUGCUGUGAAAGACCUCUACUUACAAGAAGCAUAUACAAGGAUAACAUAUUUGUGGAACAUGGAAUCCUACAACGAGACUGAAGCAAUUGUGGAGGGAUCUCGUGUGGUGGACAACCACACUCUUCAAUACUGUGUGGUCGAUCUCCAGACUGGUGCUAGUGUUUCGGUUACCACAGAUCCCACGAUGGGAAAUGUUCUAAAGAUCACAGAAAGUCUUUCAGGGGCUGUUUAUAACCUUAGUCAGUCUGAUGUUUGUCUUCAGAGUAUUGUCCACUGUAAACAGGGCAUUACUGUCAUGUUUUGGAUAAUGGGGACCAAUGUCUCCAACUGUGUGUUAGUGGACACCACGACAAACGAGGAUGGUUCGACAGGUGUCAAGGUCUGGAUUGAUGACAGUGGUAAGAGACUCUAUGCUGUUGUAUCAGAGCUGAACUAUGUAUGGGAAGGCUGGAUUUGGGUGGUGACACAAGACUGGGUCCAUAUUGCUAUCACGUGGCAGAGCAACAUAGGCCUGAGGUUCCACACUAAUUUCCGCCAUGUGUACACAGUCUCCCACAGGAAUAUCCAGACUGUCUUCUCUCCGACCGUGGUACCAUCCAGUUACCUCUAUGUAGGUGUAUGUAACCAGUCUGUGAUCCUACACUUGGACAACCUUGAAGUGUAUAACUAUGCCCUGGAGUCGAGAGAAGUGUUGGAACUACAGAAAACCAAAGAUAUUGAGAAGAUGAUUGAUUUUAAUGAGGCUGAGUCGAGUAGCAAUAUCAACUUGGAGAAGAACAGCUCUCUUACCAACACAGUGUGGAGAAACUCUCUGUUUCAGACAAUGAUACAUGUGGACAAUCCUAUGGGGCAAAGUCCAGCCAUGUACAGUAACCAGCUGGCACACUGCUUCACUAGGGCAGAUCUAUGCAGUGGUACAUUUACUACCUCACUUUGGCUCCGACCGAUGAACAUGGAAUCCAACCAGGUAUUCCUGUCUGCUGGAACAAGUAUGGAAAUGGAAAUGACUUCUCUAAAGAUUUGGUACGACUCGUAUCUUGACACAUAUGUACUGGAAGUAUUCUAUGACAAAACUCACUUCACCAUUAAUUUCUACCUGAACUUAUACCAGUGGUCACACCUGGUCAUCAAUGGGGACCUAAGAAACUCUCAACUCCACCUGUAUGUUAAUGGGCAGCUGGCUGUCACCACGUCAACUGUGUUUGUGGUGGACCGUAUGACACCCCAGUAUGAUGUCACAUUCCUACAUGUGGGUGAAGUAGGAACAUUCGACAUUGAUGACAUACGUCAUUUCCCUUCUGUUAAACAAGCCAAGGAUUUGUAUGUAUUAAAAACCUGCCAUGAGUACGAUCUUGCUGGGUUUCAUGGGAUACAACAAUUGGCCAUAGAUCUUAAUCCUUGGGAUGAUGUCAUUGACUUUCCAAACAGCACCUGUGACCUACAAAGUUACCAGACUUUUCAUUUUACAAUGGAUCAAAAUGAGACACAGAAUGAUCUGUAUAACAUCACUCUAGAGGAUAGCAAUACAAGCAGCAUGGUAUUCACUGAGGGUGUUCUGAAUGAAGCUGUCCUUCUGAACACCUCUGGACUGGUUGUUAAUAUCCCCAGUGAGAAUUGUUUUGGGAGUAUAGGUCAUUGUUACUUUGGAUUUACCAUGGCUAUGUGGAUAAGGCCACAGAGUGAUCAUUUGGUACCCAAUGGUGACCCAUUGGUUGUCAUGAGAAUGGGUGGCAACCUAACUAAAAAUGAGAGCGGCAUUGUCAUAGAGUGUACUAAUCACACAGGACAUGACCACUCUGACAGUGCUCUCUGCUUUCUUAUCUUGGUUAAUAAUACUCGAAAAUGGUCAACAACUUUCCAUAUAAUGUACAACAGGUGGAGCCACCUGGCCAUCACAUGGAACCCAUACCACACACUUAACUUCUACAAAAAUGCUCACUUGAUAUCCGACUUGGGGGCAGUAAUGACAACAGAGGUGAUUAGUGGAUACAGCUUUGCUAACCAAUCAGAAAACAUCCUGUGUAUCGGCUGUUCCAUUGGUAACACUGGUGUAGUAAUGGCAGUAGACGAAAUGUAUUUCCUUGAUAUGGACAUGUCCCAGGAAGACAUUCGCAAACUUUAUGGGAUUCACCACUUGUGUUCUAGACAAUGGAGGCAUUUGUCCCACACAGACAUGUGUUACCACUUCUCCAGUGUUACUGCUACUCACCGUCAAGGGGAGUUAACUUGUCAGACCUUUGGAGGCAACUUGGCUGAUGAAGUUGACCUGCUGACACAUCAACUUUUUGGACAGAUGGCAGACCUGGACGGAUUGACUGGAGAUUACUUCCUGAACUAUCAACAGUUGCCAAGGGAGGGAACCCAUGCUUUGCGAGUUCCAGAUGGAAGUGUGAGGAGUUUUGCUAACUUCAACUUAAGCCCCACCAGUACCAGGAAAUGUGGCAUGUUAUCAAAAUCAACAACAUGGACUUGGGAUGACUGUAACUGUAACUCAGUAAAGAAAUACGUGUGUCAGAACGACCCAUGGUAUGCCAUGGCUGAGCCUUUGUUCCUGAAUUAUUCCGCUGUCUCUGCCAGUCCAGAUUUGGUAUCUCAUCAGUGGACAGGGGAGGUAGGGUACAGAAGAGGAAUGACACUAACUAGUAUGACAUUCAACUACACAUACAUACAUCAGGUGUUGUCCGAUCGGUGUCUGGUUGACCACCACUUCUGUCAUAAUGGAUUGACCAUCUCCUUCUGGCUACACACCUGUAACAGUGCUGGAGAGGAGGAGCAGACAGUGUUGUCCACUAUGGUCAAUACAACAAUGUAUGGACUGGCUGUGUAUUGGAACAGGUCAGCUGGCCUAGUGGUGGAUAUUAGGACAGAGUUGAACUCUACCAGAAGUGUGGUGUCCAUCUCCGAGUGUCGCUGGAACAAUGUCGUCAUUUCAGUGGACAAUAAGACAGAUGUCCAAGUGUAUAUCAAUGGAAAAGUGGCUACGGCUCAGUUGACCUAUGAUGUCACAUACACAGCUGAACGUGUCCUUGGAGAGGAAGUACACGUCUCCGUAGGAACAGAGUUGGAUGGCAGCAAGGGACUUGUCGCCAUGUUGGAUAAUGUUACAAUCUUAGAGCAUCAGGUUCUAGACAACAUCCAUCUCCACAAGACUGUGUAUGACAACUUUCCUCACUUCCACUUGCCCUUUGAUAACCACUCACUGGUACUACCAAGCUCAGGUGUGUCUACUAACCCCGGUUGGCAUGGAGAUUGUCUGACCUUUGAUGGAACUGGCUUUUCCCAGUUUGAAGGUCAUCUAUAUCAGGAUUGCCUGGUUGCUCCUGACUUCUGUUGGGAUGGCUUUACCUUAUCUUUGUGGCUGUACCCUACAACAAACACAGUCGACCAGGGAAUACUGUCAGCCAGGAGCGAGUACAGAGGGCUGGCUAUUGCCUACUAUAGUUCUUACCAAGGCCUAAUUAAUCAUUAUUGGCUGAUUGUACAGGAGAAUAAUGUGGCUCACAACAUUCCAUUCAGCCUCUCUAGUCAAUUGUGGUCUAACAUCAUCCUAACCUGGUACACUAAUGGCAGUUCUAUGCUGUAUGUGAAUGGUAUAGAGCAGGGUCAACCAGUAUCUACUACUGCUGUUACCACAGGCAACCUUCCUCAGCCAACAACCUUCACCCUUGGAGCUAUCUCUGGCCAUACUGAAGGGCCUGCUGGUAUAUUUCAGGGAGCAAUGGAUGAAUUCUGGUUUCGACCUCGACCCUUGGAUAGCAGCAGCAUGCUGGAACUUUACAAAAAUUCUACAUAUGUACGUGCUAAUUUUUUGGAGAGUUUUGAAGUCCUACCACCUCUCAAGUAUGGCAGAGCAACUCGUGUAGAGGCUGUGUACGAGAAUGGCUCCAGCCUCGUGUCUGGUAUGGACUGGAUGAAUCUAACAGAGACGCUGAAAAACCAGUCUGGCUGUGUCCUUGACAUUGACAAAUGUGAGCAUGGCUUCACGAUCAGUCUGUACCUACAGAUGUUACAGGAAAAUGAUACAGACCAAGUGAUCCUCACCUCUGGAGGUCAUGACCCUCAAGGUCUCGGUAUUGCUCUUCUGUACACAGCCAUGAACAAAAGUCUACCAUUCCGACGCUACUUUGAAGUGACUUUACUGACAACAACUAUGGAGUACAGAACUUGGUUUAACAUGCAGUGGUGGACAUGGAACUUGGUCACUCUCACUUUCCACCCGAUGUUUGGGGUCAAAGUUUAUGUGGACAAUGUCUUGUCCUCUAUGAGUGACAGUGGGACUGUACGCACCACUCCUCCCACAAUUACAACUCAGCAUUUACUGGUCGGGGACAUUCCAUUGGAGACUUCGUGGAUGGGUAGAUUUGCUGUGGACGAGUUACAGAUCCUGGAUAGAGCAAUGUUUGAUGGUGACCUAUGGAUGCAGCAUGUACACGCUGACCUACAGGUUGGAGGAGCAACAGUAUGGGGGGAGGUUACCAGGGACGAGUGUCAUCACCUCUGUGACAAUGCCACCUGUUCUGUUUUUGGUUUCUGUGAUGACCGAGAAUUUGGCUCCUGCGUGGUGUACCCUGUCAACACCACUAGUAACCUCUUCAAUGAUUCCUUACACAAUCAUCCCAACUGUGACUUGUUUUCAAAGAUCAGCACACCAACAAAAGUUCAGAAAUAUGGCUGUUUUAGUACAUCAGUAGUCAAUGAAAUGCUACUGUUGCCAGGGCCUGCUGACAUCACUUCCUGUAUAGCGGCCUGUUCAGGUAACAUCACAGAGGCACGGUAUGCUGUCUUCUACCUUCAGUGUUACUGUGGCCUAGAGAUGGCUCUUAUUGAAAUCACACCAGGGGAUUACAAUGUCAACCCUACGUGUGAUCAGCAUCAUCUCCUCGUGUACCAGUUGAGUGGCCUUCGUGAAUUUCUAAAUGUAACUGUUUCUGUCACAUCACUGAAUGUUAUGUUAGACCCUGGCACAGCAGUGAUGGUGGACCAGGAUCUGUCAGUUACCAUGGUAGCAAUGACAGAACUGGCAUAUGCAGGAUUUAGUAUAAAUGCCGGAGAUGGACGUGACAUUUACUACACUGGCCGUAACUACACGACACUGGUGUACCCCAACAUGGGCUUGUAUAUCCUACAGAUUGAAGCCCUUAAUGAAUUCAGCUGGAAAAAAGUUUCUAUUCCCAUCUAUGUACUAACAACAUUGGAAGGUGUCGAAAUAUACUCUGCCAACAUAACAGCCACCGAUGCAGCACUGGAUGUGAUGGUGAACGUUAUUGGUGGAAAUUUUGUGACUUGUACACUACAAUAUGGUGAUGGGUUUCAAGAUAUCAUUUACCAUGAGAAUACUUCAGAGCCAUUCCUGUUUAGUCAUAUUUACUCCCAAGAGAAUGUCAACCUAUUAAACGUGACCUGCACCAACAAUGUAUCUGAGGCUGGGACCACAAGGACAGUGGUCAGUUUACAUCCAAUUGUAAACCUCACUCUGGCUGCUCCUCAAUGCUGCCCGUUAGGUGACAACAUCAACAUCACAUGGUUUGCUGACCGAGGGUCAAACACGUCGGUCAGUCUCUAUCACAAUGACCUAUUACUGUUUCAGGGGGAGUAUGCUACCAUGACAGACCCAACAGGUUUGGUUUUGAAUUCUUCUGUCUACCAGGUAACAGGCAAGCACACCUUCAACUUGACUGCCACAAAUGUUGUGUCCAUGGUCCAUCACCUGGUUACGAGUGUCAGCAUUGGGACAGAAAUUAAUGCAGUAAAAAUUAACACCUCUAAGCAAUUUUUUAAAGUUGGUGAAAGUUUUUCUUGUGAUCUCUCUGUAUUCAACAUUUCCAUAGCUGAUAUCAUUAUUGAUUUUGAUGAUGGAACAAUAGAUCAACAUUUCUUCUUUAAUUACCUUUCAUUAUACAAAUACUCUGUAGCACAUUCCUUCUCAACGAUUGGAAGUUUUCUUAUCAAGGCAAAUUCUACAAACUGUUAUAACUCUGUAAACAAUUCACUGACUGUUAUUGUUGAACAUCCAGUUGAUGUGCUGUCUGCAUCUGUCAUCACUGUCGCUAACCCUUUUCAUCUCCUCAAAGUCAACCUGACUUUGGUCAAUGUUUCGAGUCCACACCCUACAAGUGCAGUUUGUGAUAUCAAUUUUGGUGAUGGCACUCUGGAUACACUGAAUCCUCUCGUUCUUGUGAAUGGAUAUGUACUGACAAGUCACAACUAUUCAACCAAUGGGAUUUUUACAGUCUCUAUUGUAUGCCAUAACAAUGUCAGCAGCUUUUCUCAUACCGAGUCCGUAAAGGUAGGUAGUGACAUUGUGGGGCUGUCGGUUGAUACUGCCAGUCAUCUAGCCCAAGGUGUUGUAUCCUCCAUCUCUGUUGACAUAGACGCAGGAUCACUGGUUUUGUACUCCAUUGAAUUUGGUGAUGGAAGUCUACCUUACACAUCAUCAGUGCCUGUCACAUAUCCGAGUGGUAUGGUGAACAUUAGCCACCACUACACACACAUAGAUGUCUAUACCCUGACAGUGACUGCCACCAACUCAUUUGGCACUGUUGUCAACAAUACUGUAACCAUAUCCAUCAUGGAGGAAGUGACAGGAAUCAUCUUCUACGGGGACACCAUCAGUAAGAUAGGUUGGCCAGUACAAUUUUAUGUUAAGUUUGUCAGCCCUGGUACAGACUCCUGUAUCCACUUUAGUGCGGGUGAUGGAAGUGACUAUGUAUACGGAGGAUCCAACUGUCCACUAAAGACUCAGUAUUCUGGGUAUAUCUACAUAGCCUCUACAGGAAACUCACAUGUCUAUAACUCAUUCUUACAGCCUUCCCUGACAUUUACACUGUCACCAUACAAGCUGAAAACGAGGUCUCCAUAGAAAAUGCUCAAAUG